AUGAACUGCAGCGAGCCGCGGCGGCUGCAGGCGCUGCUCAGCGCGCUGCUGCGGGAGCUGCGCCGCGGCGGCAACGCCAGCGCGGCCGGUGCGGGUCCCGGUGCUGGUCCCGAUGCCGGGGGGGACGCGUCGCUCUACAUCCUGCUCAUCAUGAUCUUCUACGGCUGCCUGGCCGGGGGGCUCAUCCUGGCCUACACCCGCUCGCGGAAGCUGGAGUCCAAGCACGACCCGUACCACCUCUACAUCGAGCGCGACUGGGGCCGCGCCGGGCCGGGAGAGGAGGGCGGCCCCGCCGAGGGGCAGCGGCUGAUGUGAGCGCUGCCCGGCCGGUCC